AAUUGCGGUUUGUUCCGGUGGCGUUUGAAUUUUUCAAGGAGAACAACCUAAACAACAGUCUAGUAAAAUAGCAUCGCCAUCGCGCCCAAAUCAGGUUAUAAACCAUGAGCUGGGCGGUGGAGGAGUGGAAGGAUGGACUUCCAGCGAAAGCCCUGCAGAAGAUCCAGGAGAUGGAAGUCCAGGUGGACAAACUGAAAAAGGACAGGAACCAGAAACAGUUUCAGUUGGACUCCCUAGAGGCCGCCCUGCAAAAACAGAAACAAAAGGCGGACAGUGAACGUACCGAGACCUCGGCUCUGAAGAGAGAGAACCAGUCGUUACUAGAGUCUUGUGAUUCUCUGGAGAAAGCUCGUCAAAAGGCUGUCCAUGAUCUAGGAGUCAAAGAGCAACAGGUGAGCUACCUGGACGGUCAGCUGAACUCCUGCAAGAAGACAAUAGAGCGACUGGAGCAGGAACUCAAAAGGUACAAAAAUGAACUGGAUCGUUCGCAGCCUGCUGGCUCCUCCUCAUUGUCAUCUUCGUCCUCUGAUCUUCAGCCUUACACUACACCACAGAAAAGUUUCCCUACCCCAGCUCCAGUCCCAUUCUUUGGACAGCAGGAUAACAGGCUGGAUGAGCUUCAAGUGAAAUACAGCCAUGAGUUGGAAGAAAGGAAAAAGCUGGAGACUGAACUCAAAGUCCUGCAGGUCAAACUGUUGAAUCAGUCCUCAGUCAGUGUAAGCCACAAAGACAUUGCUGCCCGCCAAGCUGGAUCUUCCAUAUUCCCAUGGCAACAGCAGGAUCAGGGCCGCAGCCGCCAUUCUCAGGAUGCAAUGGAAACGCCUCUGAAGAGGCGGGGAAUGUCCCUGUGGGACGCUCACGAGGAGACGCCUAUUAAAACCAGCCAGCGGAUGAGCUCUUCCAGAACAGUGCAGAGCCCCUGUGGAUCCUCCCAUCAGAUGGAGCAGCUGAAGACCAUCAACCAAGAACUGCGUGGCCGUGUGUUAGAGCUGGAAAAGAAUCUGUCCACUCAGGAGAAGGAAAUUCGCAGCCAGGCCUCCAAGCUGCAGGAACUGCAAAUCCAACUGAACCAGGCCCGCAAAGAGCUGAAUGAACGGGACAGAGAUGUGGCUAAGACCAGCCAAGAGCUGAAUCAGGCCACAGACAGACACCAGCAGGUUGUGGCCAAGUGUUCAUCAGUUGAGCAGAAGCUGAAACAAGUCUCAGAGGAGAUGAGCUGUCAAAGGCACAACGCUGAGAGCUGCAAACGAGCCCUGGAGCAGAAACUCAAGGACCAAGAGAGAACCAGUCAAAAGGAGCUUGCUCAGCUGCAGACUUCUCACCAAGCUUUGGAACAGCAGCUGAACCAGACCAGAACCAAGCUAACACAAGAGAUCCAACAGUCUAAAAAAGACCACAACGUACUGCAGGCUGACAAGGAGAAGAUGUGCUUCCAGAAAAGUCAAAUGGAGAAGGAGUUGGAGGAGCAGAAACAGAAACUGCUGAGGUCAGAGCAGAGCCUCCAAGUCAGCCAGACUAAAGAGCAAGACCUCCGCAAGAAAAUGGAGGAGCUGCAGAAAGAGAAGAACAGUGUGACUGUCCAGUUGGACCAGAGCAGCAGGCGUCUGUGUCAGCUGGAGGAUGAGAAGAAGAGCGCAGACCAGAGCUUCAAACGCGCCCAGGGAUUAUUAGAUGACCUCAAAGCCAAAUCAGAUGGGCAGGCGGAUGAGCUGAAAAGACUUCAGACUAAACUGGAGCAAGAGAUUCAGACUGCGGCCCGGGAGCUGGACAAUUUGAAGAAGACCCUUUCUGAUGCAGAGACCAAAAAUGACAGAUCUCAGAGUGAACUGCAGAAACAGAAGCAAGAGAUGGAGAAGCUGACCAACAGAUUGACAGUAAUCGAGAAGGAGAGCCAAGAGCUUAAAUCCAGUCUUGCUGCAAGUCAGAAUGACUGUAAGGAACUGAAACAAGAACAUCAAGCUCUGCUGGAGUGGAAGAAAGAAAAGGAGACCUUAAUUAAUCAAACUGAGGCUGUGCAAAAAGAACUCACUGACAAAAUUGCCAACUUGGAGAGCAGUCUUAUCUCGCUGAAUGAGGUGAACGACGACAUCAAGAAACAGCUCUUGAGCUUAGAGGGAGACAAGGCCAGUCUGUCUGCUCACAUUGAUUCCUUGAAGGGAGAACUCCUCAACAAGAGCACAGAGUUGGAGGAGAGGGAGCAUCAAUACAACAAGCUCCAGUCCAAACUCUCCGAGGCCGGACAGAAGCACACCAAAGACAUGGAGAAUGUUGCUGUGCAAGUGGCUCAGCUUGAAGCACAGGUCAAAGGGCUGGAGUUGCAGUUGCAAAAGGAAAUGACUCGAGCAGAGCGGGCUGAGAAGACCAACACAGAGCUGCAGGCCGAACACCAGGCAGCCUGCGACCUGGCUCGCUCUAAAGACCAGCUGGUUGAGUUGGGCCAAUCAGAGAUCAGCCAGCUGAGAGAGAGCAUCGCUCAGGCCACUGCACAGCAGGAGGAGCAAACUGCCAGGUUGGCAGACGAGAAGGCGCGCGCUAAAAAGCAGUGUGGGGAGAGGGGUUCCCGUUUGGAAGGCCGGUUAGAGGAGGUCCAAUCUCAGAACUCAGUGCUGGAGACACAGUACGUCACAGCUAGGGAGGAGCUGAUGGAGAGAAGCUGUGAAAUAACUCGUCUGGAAGAGGACGCUGCCAAACAACAACAGCUAGAGGAGAGGGUUGUUACUUUAGAGUCUAAACUCAGUCAGACCACAGAGGAAAAUGUCAAGUUAGAGACAACUCUCAGGCAGUUAAUCAAGGACAAAGACAACAAUCUUAACCAAUUACAACAGGAGAAAAACAACCUUGAGACUACUUUGAAACAAUUAACAGAUGACAAAGAGCAAGUAGAAACUAAAAUGAUUCAAGUAAAUGCAGAGAAGAAACAGCUGGAAGCCAGUUUAGUCAAGCUAUCUGAGGAGAGCAAACAACUGCAGACCAACAUUCAGCAGUUAACUGAAGAAAAGCAGAAUAUCGAUCAAAUGACUGCAGAGAAACUAGAAGCUGAAUCAACCCUUAGGCAGGUUGUCGAGGAGAAAGCCCAACUAGAUGUUUCCCUCAAUCUGAUAAAUGAGGAAAAAGUCCAACUCAAGGCUAAACUAAGUGAGCUAACGUCCGAGAAAAAUAACUUGAUCUCUAACUUGAAUCAAGUAGUUGAGGAAAAGCUUCAGCUGGAAAUGAACUAUAACCAACUGGCUGAAGAGAACAUCAAGCUACAGUCUAGUGUGAAUCAUGUAACGGAGGAGAAGGUGCUGUUACAACAAAGCAUAGAGAGGCAUGAAGAAGAGGUGGCUUCACUUGCAGAGCAGCUGGAGAUAAGCAGCAAAAGGACUGAUCAGGAGAACCGAGAAAGGAGCCAACAGUUUGAGGCAGAGCAGGCAGAACUGGACCAGAAGUUGGUGUGCUUACAGAAAGAUCUGACCAUGUUCAAGCAGCAGUAUGACUCACUGCUGGAGCAGGCGGGCCAACAACACAGCCUCAUACAGCAGCUCUUAGAAUCGCAGGGAACCCAGAAACCAGCAGAAAAAAAUGACCACAUGGAGACUGAGGAGAAGGAUACUGGCGCAGAAGCAGCAGGGCAGACUGAUGUAGAGCCAACACUUGAUACAAGCACCAAUACUGAGUCCCUUCCAGUAAAAGAACAGCUCAGUCCUGUUGUGUCUGAACUGGGUGAACUUUCCCACCAGUCUGACGUGGCGUUCAGUGAGACAGAUCUGGUGUUUAAGGAGGACGUUGUUGAGCAAGAGAUGAACAAGGAACGUCUGGACAAGGAAAGGGAGGCACAUGUGGCUGAUGUUGAGGAAAUGAGGGGUCACAAGGAGCAGCAAUCCUUAGAUCAGCUUCCUGAAGACAGUUGUAGUUCCAGAGAUAUUCUUGUUAAAACAUCUGAAAUCUCUGAGCUUUCUCUGUCAACGUCCUCUGUUGGCGAGACCAGACAGUUAGAAUCCUCUGUGACAGAGUCAUCCCAGGUACAAGGGAACCUAGACCACUUCACAGAAAUGAUCACAAAACAAGAACUCCAGACCCUGCGCUCAGAGUUUGACCUACUGAGGUCCAACCUUGCACUGAGAAUGGAGUUGACCGCUGAACUGGAAGUCCAAGUUCAAAACUCAGAGAAGAAAGUUCAUGCGGCAGAGGAGGAGGCACAGGGUGCAGCGCAUAAGCUGACCAUAGCUUUAAAGGAAAAGAAAGGCCUCACUGACCAGUUGACUCAACUGUCAGAGGAGAGGGACACAUUAACUCUCCAGCUGCAAACAGCUAAAUUCCAGCUGGCUGAUGUUAUGGAGAUGCUGGAAGGACUGGAGAUGGCCAAAGGUGGAUGGGAUGAGAAAUUCCUUCAGCAGGAGAGUGAGCUGAAGAGGGUUCGCUCUGAGAAAGCCAACCUGGAGCAGCACAUCCUGGGCAUGGAGUCUGAGCUAGAGUCUUUGCAGGGUGAGAAGACCAAAUUGGGGGAUGAGAUGGAUAACCAGAGGAGGAUUUGUUCAGGCAUGGAGCAGCAGAUAGAAACACUUACUACCGAGGUAACCCAGUUGAGGACUGAACUUGUGUCCUGCGCCGAGGAGCGAGAUGACCUGAACAAGUCUCUGGGCCAAUGGAGAGAGAAAGUUCAUAGUCGGGAGAAGACUGACGGUGACACCAGGAACCUAAUUUCCAUCCUGGAGGACGACAUCAGAGCAGGGAGAAAAGAGUAUGAAGCCCUGCAAAGCUGCAUGGAGAAAAUGAAGACAGAGAGGCAACAGCUGUUAGAGCAGAUUAAGGUGCUGGAACAGGAAAUAUCCCAACAGAGUGGAGAAAGAGAGGAGCUAAUUGGGCAGCUGGACAAGAUCAAAGAAGACCACACCUCGGCCAAUCACAACACUGAGUCCAUGGUCAGCAAGAUACAGGCUUUAGAGGGAGAAGUGUGUCGUCUCUCACAGUCUCUAGAGUCCUCUCUGCUAGAAAAAGGAGAGAUUGCCUCUCGUCUUAACUCCACACAAGAAGAGGUCCAGCAGAUGAAGACUGGCAUUGAAAAGCUCCAGGUCCGCAUUGAAUCGGAUGAGAGGAAGAAAAAGAAGAUGGGAGAGCUGCUCAAAGCUGCGCAGAGGAAGUCUGACUCACUGCAAGAUCGCAUUGAUGCUCUGGAGCGAGAGAAGGAAGAGGAAGAGCAAAGUCUAGAAGAAGCUGUACUACAGGCAGAAACAGCCAAAGCUGAGCUGGAGGAGGAAAGGGAAAAGGUGGAGGAGGAGAAACGAGAGCUUAGAGAGAAAUUAUCCGAGCUCUCAACCACACUGGACAACCUGAGAUCGGAGAAAGAACGCAUGGAGAGAGAGCUGGAGACAAAAAAACAAGAGAUAGAAGAACUGAAGGCCGCUAAGGAGGAGCUGGAGAGAAGUUUGGAGAAGGCAGAGGUAGAAAGAAGAGAAGAAGAGGAAAGACAGAAAUGUAGGGUAGAAGAGCUGAAGAAUGAAAUGAGAGCGGAAGCAGGGAAGCAAACAAGACAAGUGGAUGACCUUCAGGCACAGCUGGAAACCUCUCGACAGAGAGAGAUCUCCCUUGAACAAAAGGGUGCAGAAACAGAAGGGGAGAAAGAGAGGAUUCAGUCUCUGCUGGUAGAGAUGGAGAAAGAGAAAACGUGUCUGCAUAUUUCUCUGGAAGAGUGGCAGACAGAAGGAGAGAGGCUCCGCUCUAAGAGAGAGGAUUGGGAGAAAGAGAGGAACAACCUGAGCACCAGUAUUGAGGCUUUGGAAGACGAAAUUAAGGAGCUUAAAACACUUCUGAAAGCUAAAGAGGAAGAGAGAGAGAUGCUGGAGACGGAAGCAGAUCAGGGACGCACCUCAGUAAAAUCUAUGUUGUCUCUAAUGGCGGAGAAAGAACAGAUAGAAGAAGAAAAUAGAAGGCUGGCAGAGGAAAAAGAAAAACUGCACUUGACCCUGUUUUCAGUGGAACAAGAGAGAGGUAACCUGCGUUGCACUCUCACAUCUGUAGAAGAAGAAAAAGAAAAACUGGAGCAAGCGAGGGGGCUGUUAGCUGAUGAGCGAGAGAAGCUCCAGUCUAGCCUCUCCUUGAUUGAAACGGAGAAACGUGACAUGCAGCAAACUCUUUCUUCAUUAAAGGAAGAGAAGGAAAGAAUAGAGGCGGAGAAACAGAAGUUUGAGGUGGAUAAACAAGAAUUGCAGUCUUCCCUCUCUUUGAGUGAAGUUGAGAGAAAUAAUCUGUCUUCAGCUCUGUCUUCCCUGGAACAAGAGAAGCAAAGAGCAGAAGAAGAGAAAGAGAAACUCACAGAAGAACAGGAGACCCUUCAGUCUACAGUUGCUUCCAUGGAGAAGGAGUUGGAAACAUCCAAGUUGUCUGCUUCACAGCUUAAAGAGCAGGUGUCGGAGCUAACAUCUGAGGCUGCUCGUCUGUCUAAAGAGAGGGACUCUGCCCUGAGCAAAAUGAGUCUUUGGAUGAAAACGUGCAAACAGCUGGAGCAGGAGAAGCAAGAGAUGUUAAACCGCUCAGAUGACAGAAAGAGCAGCGAGGCUGUGCAGACUGAGGCGAAUCACCUGCAGAUGGAAGCAGAGAAGAGAGAGAAGGAAGUGGAAGACCUGGAGACUGCCUUGCAGCAGAAGAGGGUGGAGGCAGAGGAAAAAACUAAGGUGGUGGAAGAACUUGAGGCUGCCCUCGAUGGAAGGAAGAAGGAGUUAGAAGAGAGAAACCGAGAGCUGGAGGCGAUGAAGAGCGAGUUGGAUGAACUAAACAAACUCCUGGAGGAGAAAAGCAGCGAGGCAGAUGAGAGCAUUGAGAAAUACUGCAACCUGAUAGUUAAAGUCCACAAACUGGAAGAGACCAAUGAUGCACUGACGACCCGGCUGGAGCAGCUCACUGCCAGUCAACAUGCUAAUGAAACUAACAUCCACUCUAGCAGCACUGACGGUACUCACCGCCGGCGCUCGGGAAGGAAGUCCUCCUCCAAACAUCAGGAAGAAAAACUGGAUGACAACACUGAGAACACAGCUCCUUCAACACCACAGAGGUCUCCUCAGGGGUCAUCUUCAGUGAAACGGGCUCAUCGAGACAUCAGUAAUAAAGACAGUGCCCAGGAGGCCCUGCACAACCUGACAAAAAAGAUCAAAGCCAGCACGACUACACCAAAACCAAGACCUGAACAGGAAGAGGAGGAGUUCAGACCAGAAGGACUUCCUGAGCUGGUGCAGAGGGGUUUUGCUGAUAUACCUCUGGGUGAAGCCAGUCCGUUCAUCAUGAGGAGAACGACAGUGAAGCGCUGCAGUCCUCGACUGGCUGCCAGACCGACUGUAUCUGUAUCUGAUGCCAAGACUUUGGCCUCCAUACCUUUCCAGAGUCCCUCUGCAGAGAACUUCAACAGGAAGUGUCUCUCCCCGAGUGGUGAGGAGAAACCUGUGUGUGGUUCACUAAGUUCACACACGAUUUCAGAGCAAAAAGAUAAACAAGAAGACAACUGUCACGUCCAGUAGAUUGAUGUGUAUAUACACACACACACACACACACACACACAUAAAGUCUUGCACCUGUGAUUUUUUUUUUGUAGAAAUAUGCACAUGUACACUCAUAGAUACACAAAAUAUUAACACUCCACUUUUUCUUUAUUUUCUUAGACACUUAGAGUAAGAAAAAAAGUAAACACUUGAGAUGCACGCUUUGUUUUGGGGAUGGGUAGGUGUGUAGUUGUGUGUGUGUGUGUGUGUGGGGGGGGGGGUGAGAAUCAUUUAAAAAAAUAAAUAAAAUAAAUCACUAACCCAAAUAAGAUGAUGAGGCAGGUUAAAGACAAGUGGGUAACUUUCCAUGUGCUGUUUUUCCUUGCUCUAUUUUUCAUCAUGCUUUGUUUUGCAAGUGAUUUAUGAUGAAACCUUCUCUUGUGGUCAGAUACAUCUUUUAUCAAGCGUUUUAGAAUGAUUGAAACCCUGAUUGUUUCGUGAGGCCUCUGAAUGUAAGCCAGCUAGGUUUGUUUGCUCAUGUAGUAUGUGUCUUCUCCACUGACUCACUGGCUGUACUUUUCUUUUGUACUGUUCUCGUGUUUUUCGUGUGUGUAACUGAUGUUUUGAACUUUGUACAUAAAAGAUGACAUCCAUCCAUCUAUUAUUCCUGUAAAAUAUCUAAUGGCAGCUGAGAUUUUUUUGCUCUGCUUGUUUCAUAUUUUCUAGAUAUUUUUUAUGAAAACCUUUUUCUUUUUUUACUAAUCCUUGCAGCAAAUGUUGAAACCAGAACAGCUUUUAAGUUUCUGUUUUUUAUUUAGGUCAAGUUAAAUGUUAUUGAUCUUUGUAAAUAGUUAAUGAUGCCAAUUAGUUCAUUGCCCUUUUUAUACUAAACCUUGACGGCUUAA